AUUUCACAUCAGUCGAGCUCGGAUCGCAGUCGCGUGAAGUGUGUUUUUAGUGUGUUAUUUUGUACAAUUGUUUGGAUUUCUCACUGAAAAAUUAAGAGAGAGGGAGAGAGAAUAGUGCAGGAAAAAUGUGGCGUAAAAAACGAUAAAUAUAGUUACCAUAUCUUACUUUCUUUUCCGAGUCUCAUUACACACCGUAAAGGAACUAUUAUAAUUCAAUGAUAAUAACAUAUUACUUACGACAAUCACUUAAGUACUCAAGGAGAGAGAGAGAGAGAGGGAGAGCAAUUUUCUACUUGAGUUGAAUUUAUAUGUACGAAGGGUCAAAAGUGUCAUCAUUUAUCGAAAUUCAUCUUCUACUUUGGAAGAAAAAAAGAGUAGGAGAGAGAAAUAUAGAAAAUAUAGAGAAAGAGAGAGAGAGAGAGAGAGUGAGGGAGAGCAAACGAAUCAUAUUCGAGUCGUGCAGUAACAUCAUAAUAUUACACGGAGAAUUAUUCAAGCACCAGUAAUUCCUUGAUGUAAAAUUUUUGCUUGCCAAGAAACGAAGAACCACUCCGUGAGAGAAUAUUGCAUGUUCUCGCGGGGGCACCGAUAACAGGAAAUAUAUAGACAGGAUAAUAUGAAAGAUUGGAAUACUUGCCAGUGUAGAGUUAUCGAACUGUGCUCUUAUGAUAUACGAAAGAUGAUGUUUGAAAAUCCCACUCUUAAAGAGGAAGAGAGAGAUGGAGAGCAACUACUUCCGCCGAUCGAUUCCUGGGCUCGCGGUUAACUCCCUGGAGUUCCUUUAUGCCACGCCUUAACUUUUGGUGUCCCUGCACCACAGUUUAUGAGGUCAUCAGAAGAGAUCAAAAUCGGAAACAAAAGAAAUUUUCCACAACGUUAGAGAGGGAAAAAAGAGAGAGACGUGUGAAUAGAAAAGCCGAACAUCCUCGAAAGAAGAUGAAAUAUGUUUUAAAGGAACACUUUUUACACACAAAGAAAUAAGGAUUUCGUGUGAAAAUAAAGAAAAAUUCGGGACGAGAGCUUUCAAUUAUAAAUGAAAUCAUAACACACACACACACACACUCACAGUGCGAGGAAAUGGAAAAAUUAGAAACCUAAUCGGAAAAAUUGCUUUAUUCACAUCUCAGGGAGAGAAAGAGGAGGAAAAAAACAGUUGAUUUUUCAGAAAAUGAGAUAGUCUAGUAUGUCUUGACAAGUAAGGAGUGGUUUUUCAUCGGCGGUUUCGGCAGCCAAGGGUUCUCCAAAAUGGCGGGAGGUCAACUUCCGGAACAAUAUACUGUGACCCAGCUAACGAGAUUUUUUCACAAUUUGCCCCAUCUCAAUGUAUCUCUUCACUCCGUCAACAAUACGUUCAGUCCCCGUUCUGAAAUUUAUCUCGAGAGUCUCGGUAUAUUGGGAAGCAUCCCUGCUGCUUGGUUGAUUUUCACCCUCUUGGUACUAUUGGUUUAUCUUGUGACAAGAUGCUGCGACCGGAAGCCUCGUCACAGAAGAUCUAUAGCUCUUCUAAAAUGCUCCCUAGCAAUUUUCGCUCUCUUUUGCUGUGGUGCUGUCGCCGUUGGUCUUUAUGGCAAUGACGACGUACACAAUGGCAUUAUACAAUUAAUCACCGCGGUUAAACAUAUGAACGAUUUAAUUAUGGAUGCCGUCAAUCAGACCGACAAAAUCGAUCAAACAGUGCAAAAACGAAUCUUGACACAAAUGACUGCUCUUGAGGAUGAGUUCGAUGCACCGGCUAAUAAUAAAACAAUUUUGGAUUUAUUAUUAAAGGCCUUGGAGAGAAUGAAUAAUAACGCCAGUAUUGUGGUGGAUCGUAGCUAUGAAAUUCGUGCACCCCUAAAUGGAGUUGGCCUAGCUUAUAUUAUUUCAUUUGUCGAAAAAAUCGAACAAUUAAGAUGGCCUAUUACAAUGGCUGUGCUCAGCGUUCUUCUUAUUCUAUGCGUGGUUCUGCUGGUCGGAGUCGCGCGCCAUUCCAGAUGCGCUCUUAUCACAUUUUCCGUUUUUGGCCUAUUCGCUAUAAUAAUCUCAUGGUUGAUGACGUCAAUGUAUCUCGCGACUUCAGUUGCACUCGGCGAUUUGUGCAUGUCGCCCGAUGGAUUUUUCAUAUCAAUGACUGCGGGAAAUUAUAAUCCUGAUGAUUCUAAAGUUGUCUCAUAUUAUUUACAAUGUGAGAGUACACUCAACAAUCCAUUCACUCGUAAAGUUCGUGAAGGUGUAAACGCAACAGUCAACAUGAGAAAUAAUUUGAAUAGCAUGAAACUAUUGGCCGAACAACUUUACAAGGAUCAACAAUCGACUAAACUCGUGAGCAUCAGAAGUGAGAUCAACACACUCGAGAGACUCUGGUCGGGCCUACAAGCAUUUCUUGACUGUAAACCUUUUUAUAAACAGUACAACACGGCGGUCAAGAGUCUUUGCCACUUAGGAUUAUACGGCCUCACAUUUAUGUUAGCGGCAAGUUUAGCGGCUGGUUUCCUCUUCACGAUUCUUGUUUGGGUCGAUUCGCACACUUGGAUCUACAUUAGAAAACGAAGGGAUUACCACCAGGUCGAAGAGCAAGAUCCGUUUUUACCGCCGUCGGCAGCGUCGCAAGCGAUAGCAGCAAGGACUCUCCGUGGCCAAGGGUCGUACCCGCCUACAGCUCCUUCUCUUAAUCCAAAUAUUCAUGGCAAUCAUAAUACUAUUAAGCAGCCUCUCCUGCUAACGCCGCCCCCGCCGUCCUACGCUACUGCGACAGCUCGAGCACGCCAGCUGCACGAGAGCAUGUUAAAAGGUGGGGGAAUCAAUGGAAGUGGAGCAGAUCACAAAUCUCAACAUAAUCAACACUCGACGAGCGGACGAAACGAUCACCGUACUGGACUCGAUCAACCUGGUCAGUACGCGACUUUAAGCAAACAAUGCAAAACCCUCGAAUCGAGUGAUUUCUACUGAGGACACGCCCCCUCGGGACCGGGAAGAGAACCACCUUGGACACCGAGUGUGGCAUCAUUCACCGGCACUCUGUCCCACAAUUCACAUGGACCCGCUCAUUUGGCAACGUUUCAAGAUUCACGUAAAACACAAACAUUGGAUCCAAAAAAUUUGGCAAAUC